AUGCCUUUCCUCGAACUCGGAUACAAACGCCUCCACUACUCAGAUCUGAAACCGCAAGAUGGAAAUGCUCGUGAGACAUUCAUCUUCAUGCACGGGCUCGGCUCUUCGCAGAAUUACUACUCUGCGGUAACUCAGAGCCUGGUUGCCAACGGGUUCCGUUGCAUCACCUUUGACAAUACGGGAGCAGGACGAUCUACAUACACGUUUGUCGAGCAGAGUAUUGAGACUCUGGCAGAAGAUACUAUAGGGGUUUUGGACGCGUUGAAAGUUGAGAAGGCUGUGUUCGUCGGACACAGUAUGGGAGGUAUCGUGGGUGCACACCUCGCGGCUGAGCGAAGCGACCGCAUCGUAGCAGCUGUGUUGAUCGGCCCAGUCUAUCCCAACCCAGCCUCAGCCCCUCGCUUCCAAGAACGGAUAGAAAACGUGACAAAAAACGGUAUGCAACCCAUGGCCGACACCAUCCCCCAAGCUGCAGUCGGAAAGAAGGCGUCUCCACUUGUCAAAGCAAUGAUCCGCGAGUUGCUGCUGGCACAGGAUCCAGCGGGAUACAUAUCCAACUGCCGAGUCAUUGUCAAUGCAAAGCCGCCCAGGUACAGCAAGAUCAGCGUGCCUGUACUUAUUCUCGCUGGUGACGAGGAUAUGAGUGCGCCGCUCGAAGGGUGUAAGAAGAUGUUUGACGAGAUGCAGCAUGGUGAGAAGAAGUUGGAGGUCAUGAAGGGGAUUGGGCAUUGGCACUGUCUUGAGGCGUUUGACGAGGUCGCGAAAUUGAUAGAGGGAUUUUAUCAUGAGAUACAAUCGGCGAUGAAUCGAACAGACAGUGUUGCGGGUUCCUAUCUACCCAAGAUACCCAGCCAGGAACCGUUACCAGAUCCUACCACCAUACGGCACCGCAACAAACCUCACAGAAGCAACGCCCAAUCCUUGUCUUCCACUCAGGCUGCGAACAUGGAACCGCGGCGACCAGUAUCAGAGCAGCGCUCACGACCAUUUCACCGGCAACAAUCAACCACCUCAUCAUCAGAAAACUCAAAGAGUCGAUCGCAAAGCCGUGGCCAUGGCUCAAAACCCUCAUCGAGGCGAACUUCUUGUACCAUUGUGGAUCCAUCAAGACCGGCGCGUCACUAUCGAAUGAAGAGCCACCAAACACCUCCCACAGCAACCAGCCAAGACAUUGACGACGUCCUCGCUUUACAUUUUCGCAGCUGCAGCAUCUUCACCAACCCAUCCUACCACUCGAAUUCCGGUCUACCCAGCCCAACGCUAUCCCAAGGUGGCGACACAACCUUUGGCUUCCCCAGCGCAGCCACGCGUUUCAGUUCCGACAGUCUGCGCGUCGUCGAGGAAACACCCAUGCACCGCCGCCAAAGCGAGGACACCAUUGCAGAAGAAGAGACCAACACGACUAUGCACUGGACCUCGCCAUGUACGCGCAAACGCGAGUAUGAAAGGAUCGACAAGGCCAACAGCGGUCUUCGGGGUUUCUUCCGCAAGGUAACACCGCGAUGUGUUUCAGGUCCGCAGGAAAAGUUUUACUCGGACAAGGACCAGUCGGAUGCUGGUUCUGUGCGACGUUAUCGCAUGGAGGAUCUGGAUGACGAUGCGCAUGUGGAUGAGAAGCAUGAUGCGAGACCCAGGACGAGUCCGAUGCCUAGACCAGGGUCGAGACCGGGGAUUGCGAAGAGGUGGACGUGUUUCUAG